AAGUCCAGUUUCAUAUCAAAUUAAAGCUUCUGCAUGAUUAAACUAAUAGAAACAUAACAAUAUUGAUGCAUAAGGCGCGCUUCUGCAUUUAUUUAUUGAUCUGGUUGAUUGAAAACGAUGCUUUAAUUUAAUUAACAUAUAUGCAGUUUACAUUGAUUCGAUCCCUCCUAACAGCUAUUUGGACGUAGCCUUCCAUAUGAAGUGGAAGAAACUCAAUUUUCUAAACUUUCACCAACCGCAACGUCCUCAUUGUGCGCGUGAAAUUCGUGUCGCGAACACCGUAGCAUGAUGAUGAACUUGGAUGAGCAAAUCGGUUUCUCCGCGGAAACUUUUGUAAAUCGUUUACUCAAGGAGGGUCAGGAAGUCAGGUGCGACGAUUCCAAUCAAAAUUUUCACGAAAAUCUUCGUGUUCCAUAUUUCUACGAUGAGGCAAAAUUUAAAAGGGGACAACAAUUCUACAGACGCAAUGUUUUUGUUAUGUUCUAUGGGAAGUUAAUGGGACUAAUUGCAAUAUUGGCUGUGCCCAGUAUUCUACACGUUCUAAAAUACACGAAGAUGUCGAAUGAGCCGAAAACCGCGUAUCGAAGAUAUUUAGCAACUCUGUUCCAUAUGAUAAUUUGGUAUAACGAAGAUUUCAAUCCAGCAUCAGACCUUUGGAAAUCGUUGGUCGAAGUUCGGGGAAAACAUAACAUGAACAGUAAAAAAAGUUGCAAAGCCGGUUUAAACUAUAUAUCUCAAAAAGACAUGGCUUUGACACAAUUUGGUUUCAUGGGUUUUGUGAUUGCACGAUCAAGGGAAAUUGGUAUUUUCGAUGCGACGAAGGAGGAGUUAGAGUCUUUUAUCCAUUUAUGGAAAGUAAUUGGUUAUAUGAUGGGUAUAGAAGACCGUUUCAAUAUUUGCCGAGAUGACCCGGAAGAUACAAAAAGAAUUUGUUGUUUACUAAUAGACAAAGUCUUCAAGCUGAAAGUUGAAGAGCAACAGUCAGAUUUUCUUCAAAUGUCCACAGCUCUGGUAAACGGAAUGUGGGCUAUGAAUCCUAUGUUGAUUCCAGAAGUGAUAAUGAUCCGUUUAAUAAGAUUACUCAAUGCACCUGAAGAUUUUGCGAAGCAUACAUUGAUUUCCCGGCUCAGCGAGAAACUAAACAAAAAACAGAAAUUCCUUUUGGAUCUCAUGGAAUAUACAAUUUCCACCUACAAGUACACCGCUCUUAAAUUCUAUCAUAAUGUUGUCAUGAAUGCAUCGUUCUGGCUCAUGAAAAAUUUUCCAUUUUUGGCUUUCUACAGCUUCGGAUAUGCGAAUUCAUAUGUUAAGGUACUAAAUACACGGCCAACGCAAUCUGGCUAAAAUUUGCAAAUA